AUGCCGGUUGAUCGCCUCUUGACGACUCUCUUACGCUCUCUGCAGACAUGGACAGACCAGCAGGACACGCCCCGGUUACUAGGCACCGCUUCAUCACUGCUCACGACUCUCGGAAACCCCCAUAAUAUCAGUCUCCUGACUUCGCAUCUCCUCACCGCCCCUGCGCUCUGGGACCGUCCUGAUGGCCUUCGGACCCCCUUACGCCUACUCUCUGUCUUCCAUGCUGCUGUCACAACUAUCGUCAAUCAUCACAACGAUGUACGCUACAAAAAAGCUCCCGAACUUCAGCCUGGCGAGCCACCAAUCGGUGGGGGUCUGUCGCUUGAUGAGUGGAUACGCGCGAUUGUCGCCGGAGCCGAUGACAGGAGUCAAAGGUGGAAGCAUCUCGUCGUCCUGGGCGGGUUAUUGGUUGGGAUAGGCAACCUUGAAGAGCAGGGUAUGGAUCUUUACUGGGUUUCUGCCAUUCGAAAGAGAGUGGAAGCUGCCUUGGUGCGCGCAACCAACCUUGCACUCAUCGAAGUGCGAGAACGAUCGGAGACAGAUGGGUUGGGAGGCCAGACCAUCACCCUGGUCUUGAAUCAUACUUUUGGAUGUCUCGCAGAUGUUGAGAGAGCACAGCUGGACUAUGAUCUUCUCUUGCCCGUCUUGAUUGGUACAGCAUACUACUCAAGCGAGGGAUUCCAGUCGGCAUACUUUUUGGGUGGCCUAGAUCUCGAUGUACGCGUAGCCCAGAGCGGUAAACUGGAUUGGAAUAAACUGUCCAGCUCGUACAGACAGGUCGAAAAUAUCAUGAACAGACCACUCGUGGCCUCGAUGGGUCCUUUAUCACGGCUGAUAGCCCAUUCAGCAGAGAAUGCCAAGAAUCCUUGGAUCAUUCAGACUAUGAUGGACGACCUAGCAAGUUUUGCACGCGCCCUGACGACUCAAUGGCGGCAGAUUAAAUUCUCGGAUGUUGAUCCUGCUGAAGAAGCAGCGCAAUUGGAAGAGGAGGCUCUCAACAUCACUACUCCCAAACUCUGGAAUCUACUCAAGGCCGCUUUGUUUGCGACUACAAUCAUUCUAAGAGGCGUUCUCAUCCGAACCUUGGGCGAUCGAACACUUGCAAGCGACGCAAUCGCACCUAUACUCUCUUCGCAAGCACUUCAGACACUUCGACAUCUCUACUUUAUCACGUCGCGAUUGGGUCCCGCAUCAUUUUCCCAGCAUACAUUCGUCUAUCUCACUGCGAUCGACAUACUUUCUGCCUAUCCUAAUCAUGCGGACAAAUUCCUCAAGUCAAUUGCGCCGCAGCAGCUAGGCCAAAUUCCACGCCAUCCGCUCGAUCGUAUCCUAGAUCUCUACUUUCUCAACACGGCAGAGCAUUUCACUCUUGUUUUGUCACCAGCUACGAACGAGGACUUGUUGGUAGCAUCGUUGGUACCAUAUCUCGCAGCCGGCGAGAAUCGUCAAAUGUUACCAGUCUUUGAAGCGGCGCACAGCGUCAUGCUGGCUGUGCUGUCUGCUCCACAAUCGGCCGAGAUUACGGCCAAGCAUCUUCCGUUCUACAUUGACGCACUCUUCCGAGUUUUUCCACAUAAUUUAUCUCCACGCCAAUUCCGUCUGGCAUUCAAGACAUUGAUGCGUGUUACAGCUCCACCAUCGACACUUUCAGCGACACAUCCUGACUUACCCGCAACUCUACUAGAACUAGUUUUUCAUCGAGCCCUGAAUGCCCCAGUGGAGGCAUUACCACCUGAUUCGGUUGCACUCGCACUUCAAGGAUCCGACGCUUCACUGCCUGCGCUGUCAGAACAAGCCGUCUUGGCUCUAACGCUCAUCGAUUCCUUACCGUUUCUCCCUAUCUAUCUUCUCGAGGAGUGGCUUCCACUGUGCGCAGAAUUAUUAAACCACAUCAGCAAUGACAGCAUGCGAGACGCAGUAAAGGCGAGAUACUGGGAAGUACUCGUAAGCGGAGAGAUGGACGCCGAGCGUAGUGGUGUCGCAGUCAAUUGGUGGACAACAAGAGGUGGUAGGGAAUUUGUGCUCUAUGGAAGAGAGAGAUUGGCUGUGGAUUUAGCGAUGAUGAGUGGGGCGCUUCCGGUUGAAGAGAGGAACGUUAGACAGAGCAAGUUGUAG